AUGGAGUCCAACCAGGAGUCCUCGCUCUUCCUGGUGAAGAUCUUGGAGGAGCUGGACACGAAGCAGAACACCGUUUCUUACCAGGACCUCUGCAAGUCCCUGUGUGCAAGGUUUGAUUUGUCCCAGUUGGCCAAGCUCAGAAGCGUGCUGUUUUACACCGCUUGCCUGGAUCCUAAUUUCCCAGCGACUUUGUUCAAAGAUAAAAUGAGAUGCACUGUAAACAAUCAGCAAUCAAAGAAAAUCAUGGUUGCAGCAGAUAUAGUAACAAUAUUCAACCUCAUACAAAUGAACGGGGGAGUGGCCAAGGAGAAACUUCCAGUUGCAAGGCAAAAAGUAAAGAAGAAAGAGUCCUUCGAGUCCUGCAGAUCUGACACAGAAAUCUGUAAUAUGGCAGAUUGCGUGCCCAACUGUGAGCUGAAUGACCAGGAGUUUAACCGGGGCUUUCCAGUCAGAAGGUCUUCAAAAUGCAGAAAGAUGGACUGCAAAGACUGUCAACAGUUUGUUCCCUCGUCAGAACCCAACUUUUUACUCGGCGUUAAUAAGGAGAUGAAGGGCCGGGCUGCCUCUCUGGACAGGCUGCAGGCGCUGGCAUCCUACUCCAUUGCCACGUCUCCACCAUGCGAGAUGCAGAGUACGUAUUUCCCCAUGAACAUUGAAAAUGAAUCUAUUUCAGACCAGGACUCCUUGCCUAUAAGUGCAGGCAUAAAAGAAACCUUCAUUUCAAAUGACGAGCCGUUUGUGAUGCAGUCGUGCGUCCAGAAAAGAAAUAUAUUCAAAGAAGAUUUUCAUAAUCUGAUUACAAUAUCUCCCAACUUAAUACCAUCCAACAAAAAGCCAGAAGAUGGACACAGAGAGCCUCAGAACAGGAAAGAAAGCUCUAAGCAGGCUUUCUUCAACCACAGCUUUGAAAUGCCAUACAGCAGCCAGUACUUGAAUCCAGUUUAUUCUCCUAUACCAGACAAAAGACGAGUGAAGCAUGAAAGUUUAGAUGAUCUUCAAGCUUCAACAUAUUUUGGCCCAACUACUAUUCUCGGGUCCCAGGACACCAAAAAGUGGACUGGAAAGCCAGCCAAGCAAACUGCCUGGCCAGCUAAAAGCUGGAGUUUAAAUACUGAGGAGGUACCUGACUUUGAACGAUCAUUUUUUAAUAGGAAGCAGUCUGAAGAGAAGCCACGAUACCAGAGUUCGAACAACCCAUCUCCAAGCUUUCCUUCAGCUGACAGGCAUCAGUCCUACCUAAAUGCGAAGGAUCAGCAACCUAUUAUGCAGGCAAAUUAUGCUGUGAAACCGAAUGGGCAUAAACCCAAGGAAAUUCCUUCCAUUCUGGACGUGGAGAAACACGAGCCAGUCAAAAAGUUUAAGGAUAAGAGCAUUAAUUGUACUUCUGUUCAGAUCUUAAGCAUUGACAGGACCACGAGUGUUGGGACACAAACGGAGCAGCAGGUUCUGGACCACAAGAAAUGCAAGGAUUUGUGCACGGCGGGCCAAGCCAAGUACGGAGAGCGGCACUCUCUUAAGCAGUCGGAUGAUGACUCUGAAAUUGUGAGCGAUGACAUCAGUGACAUUUUCCGGUUUUUGGAUGACAUGAGUAUCAGUGGGUCAACGGGAGUGAUGCAGUCUUCGUGCUACAACAGCACUGGUUCCUUGUCUCAGGUGCAUAAAUCAGACUGUGAGAGCUCACCUGAGCACAAUUUGACUAAAAUCUCCAACAGGAGUGCCUGUAACAAAUUGGAUAAAGUGGUCCGGGCAGACACCAAUAACACAGAUGAUGAACUGAAAACGAGUGUCUGCAAAUUAGUUUUGAGGAUUGGCGAAAUAGAGAAGAAACUGGAAUCUCUCUCGGGAGUCCGAGAAGAAAUUUCCCAAGUCCUGGGAAAACUGAGCAAGCUGGAUCAAAAAAUUCAGCAGCCAGAGAAGGUCAGCGUACAAAUAGAUCUCAAUUCUUUGACAAGCGAGGCCGCGUCAGAUGAGAGUAACUCCCCGCAGAUAUUUCAGUGCCACAAUACUCCGCAUGGAGGCAAACUAGAGAACAAUCCAGAAUGGUGCUGUUCAGAUGCCAGUGGAAGUAAUAGUGAGAGUCUUCGAGUAAAAGCCUUAAAAAAAAGUUUGUUUACUAGGAGGUCAUCAAGAUCAUUAACAGAGGAAAAUAGUGCAACUGAAUCCAAAAUAGCAAGUAUUUCAAACUCUCCCCGAGACUGGAGAGCUAUUACUUACACCAACCAAGUUGGCAUUACGGAAGAGGAGAUGAAGGAGAGAGAUGGAGGAGAAAAUAAGGACUGGCACAGGAAAUCUAAAGAGGCAGACAGGCAAUAUGAAAUCCCACAGCCACAUAGACUCUCUAAACAACCAAAAGAUGCUUUCUUGAUUGAACAAGUCUUUAGUCCUCAUCCCUACCCUGCAUCACUCAAGUCACACAUGAAGAGCAACCCACUCUACACAGACAUGAGGUUGACAGAGCUGGCUGAAGUGAAACGCGCCCAGCCAUCGUGGACCAUAGAGGAAUACACGAGGAAUUCGGGGGAUAAAGGCAAGAUUGCUGCAUUGGAUCUACAAACUCAAGAAUCUUUAAACCCAAACAACUUAGAAUACUGGAUGGAAGACAUUUAUACUCCUGGCUAUGAUUCCUUAUUAAAACGCAAAGAAGCUGAGUUCAGAAGAGCAAAGGUUUGCAAGAUAGCUGCCCUGAUAGCAGCAGCAGCUUGUACGGUUAUUCUGGUCAUAGUAGUUCCCAUUUGUACGAUGAAAUCCUGA